AUGCUGGUGCAGGACACGUCGAUCUGGGGGCAGCAGCAGCAGCAGCAGCAGCUGCUGCACCUGCUGCAGCAGCAAGAAGAGCUGCAUCUGCUGCAGCAGCGGCACCAGGAGUACAUGCUGCAGAUGCUGCGGCUCCACAGCAGCAGCAGCAGAGACCUGAGGGGCGUGGGGCGCCUGAGGGUGGGGGGGGGCCCCCCGGGGGGCCCCCAGGGUACAGAGGGGGCCCCCGAGGCGCCGCAGCAAAGCGGCAGGAGAGUGCUGCUGGGGAGGCUGCGGCAGAGCCUGGGCAGGCCUGCUGCUGCUCCUGCUGCUGCUGCUGCUGCUGGCUCCCUCGGCUUGCGCGGCGCAGCAGCAAGCAGCACGCCGGGCGCCCGCCGGAGGCUGCUGCAGCAGCAGCUGGUGCUGGAGCGGCAGCUGCUGCAGCACGAAGUGCGGCUCCGCAUGCUGCAGCAGCAGCAGCAGGGGCAGCAGCAGCAGCAGCAGCAAGACACGCAGCAGCCCCUAUCUGCUCCCUGGAGCCCCCGCAGACACAGAAGAAGAGACAGGACCCGAAUAGGGGCCUCCCCUCCCACUUCCUCCGCUUCGGGGGCCCCCCGGGGGGGCCCCCCGAGCCGCGCGGGGGCCCCGGGGGCCCCCCGGGGGCUUCGAGGGGCGACGGCCAGCAGGCGGCCCUCGGCGCUGAGUGUUGGGAAGUCGAGUUACAGCAAGGGGGGCCCCCCAAACCCUGAAUAA